ACCUCAAUACCCUUCGUUCACGAACACAAGGCCUUGAAAAAAAAAGAAAAAGAAAACAACACAGCCAUGAGUUUCCAUCUUUCUGCAAACUGAGUUGUUGAUGAAAGGAAACAGCAGUUGUAAAAAGUGUGGGCAAAUCGCCCAACUGUAACCAAGCAAACAAUAAGACUAAAUUUCGUUUGACCCAUCCCCAAAUUCCCAUUUCGACUUCAUCAAUAACAAGUCAAUUCCUCGCCUUACACUGAACUGCGGUGAAAAAGAAUCAGCUUUUAUCUCAAAUCGGGGCUUUGGUGGGAUUUUAGAGAGAAAUGAGUGCCACAAGACACCGGGCCCUAGGGGGUGGGGUUAACCAUGUAUUGGACUAUUUGAGACGAAUGCAAGCAGAGAAUCCUUCGUUCUUUUAUGCAAUUCAAGGUGAUAAUGACCACACCGGUGGAAGCAUAUUUUGGGCGGAUGCAACAUCAAGGAUGAAUUACGCUUACUUUGGGGAUACUGUCAUAUUUGACACAACAUAUAGGACCAAUCGUUAUAGGGUUCCGUUUGCCUCGUUUACUGGACUCAACCACCAUGGGCAGCCGGUGUUGUUUGGUUGUGCUUUAAUUCUCAAUGACUCUGAGGCCUCAUUUGCAUGGCUAUUCCAAACUUGGCUUCAUGCAAUGUCUGAUCGUCGUCCCAUCUCUAUAACAACUGACCCUGAUCGUCUCAUACAGAUGGCUGUCACACAGGUUCUUCCAGAAACACGCCUUCGAUUCAAUAGGUGGAGCAUUUUCAAAGAAACCCAAGAGAAGCUGGCUCACAUAUACCAAUCACAGCCUACAUUCGAAAUAGAAUUUAAGAAAUGCGUUAAUGAGACUGAGACAAUUAAUGAGUUUGAAUCAUCAUGGGUUUCGCUUCUGGAACGUUACUUUGUCAUGGACAAUGAAUGGCUUCAGUCAAUGUACAAUGCUCGGCAACAGUGGGUCCCUGCUUAUAUGCGAGAUACCUUCUUUGGGGACUUUUCUAUAACCGAGAGAAACAUAGGUUUAAACUCAUUCUUUGAAGGGUUUGUGAAUGCAUCGACCACCAUACAGAUGUUGAUUAAACAGUAUGAGAAAGCCGUAGCAAGUUGGCACGAGAAAGAGUUAAAGUCUGAUUAUGACACCAUCAACACUUCACCGGUUCUUAAGACACCAUCUCCCAUGGAAAAACAAGCUGCUAAUCUCUAUACGCGAAGAAUAUUCAUGAAGUUCCAGGAGGAGCUAGUUGAGACCCUUGCUAAUCCUGCCACUAAAAUUGAUGACUCGGGAACUGUUGCAACAUAUCGGGUGGCCAAAUUCGGGGAAGAGCACAAAGCGCACACUGUUAAUUUCACUUCUUUUGAGAUGAAAGCUAAUUGCAGUUGCCAAAUGUUUGAACAUUCCGGGAUCAUAUGCAGGCACAUAUUAGCAGUUUUCAGAGCGAAAAAUGUUCUCACACUACCUUCACAAUAUGUACUAAAGCGAUGGACGAGAAACGCCAAAAUUGGAGACAUGCAGGAUGAGCAUGCUACCGAAUUGCCAAAUAAUUCCCGGGAAUCCUUAACAGAUCGGUCCAAUACUCUACGCCAAGAAGCUAUUAAGUAUGUUGAAGAAGGGGCGAAAUCUAUUCACAUUUACAAGGUGGCAAUGGAUGCUUUACAAGAGGCACUGAAAAAGGUUAGUUCUGCAAAAAACCAAAGCCCUGUAUCUGCUGAAGAUGGAGCACUGAGCAAUGGACGUAAUCAAGAGUUGCAUGCAGCUGGAGAUACCGAGACAGUGGCAUGUCAAUCUGCGGACGAGAAGGAAAAGAAAAUCCGGGAAUUGACAACAGAGUUGGAGAGCAUAAACCGGCGAUGCGAAGUGUACAGAUCGAAUCUGCUGGCUGUGUUGAGGGACAUGGAAGAACAGAAGUUAAAGCUGUCUGUUAAAGUUCAAAAUGCAAGGCUUAAUUUGAGAGAGUGAAAGCAAUGAGUAAAAAAGAAAUGUUGUGAAAAUGAGUCUUUGAUAGCAUUUGAUUUUGGCAUUCUUAGAUGAUUUGGCAAAGAAUUAAUGAAUAGCUGGUUGGAUUAAUUUGCCAAUGUAGUUCAACUUGUAUUGAAAAUAAUUUGUAUUAUAUAUUUUAGGGUAAGAACAGAUUUCUAGGUUUUUUUUAAUUAGAAGAUUUAAAUAUCACAAAUUAAUUUUUAUUUUAUCAUUUACUAUAUAUAAGGUAUGCGGUUGACUAA